UACUUUUAUAACGUGUAUGACUCUUGACAAUGCAUGCAUCAAACAUGGCAGCCCACGACAACUUAUCGAGCGGUGCAGACAAUGUAGGGGCUGCAUAAGACUCGUGAACAAAUGCUUGUACAUCCUUCUGACGAGUCCUCCCGUUGCAUCAUGUCCAACUGCCCGCACUCUAGCAAAAACCUUAGAGAGAAAACUGGGGCUAUGAUACCUGUGGACCUAGUAUAUUCCUUUGAUUGGACUACUCAUGAUGGUCUAUUGGAAUACGUCACAAGAAGCCAGUGUAAGAAAUAUA